GAGACGGAAGCCUUGGGAGAGUGAGUGCAGGCUGCGCGAUGGGAGACUCCAAAGUGAAGGUGGCUGUCCGCGUCCGGCCCAAGAAUAGGAGAGAAAUAGACCUACAUACAAAAUGUGUGGUGGACGUGGAUGCAAACAAAGUGAUUCUUCACCCGUUGAACACCAACCUUUCAAAAGGAGAUGCCAGGAGCCAGCCAAAGGUAUUUGCCUACGAUCACUGCUUCUGGUCGAUGGAUGAAACUGUCAAGGAAAAAUAUGCAGGCCAAGAUAUUGUUUUCAAGUGCCUUGGAGAAAACAUUCUCCAGAAUGCUUUUGAAGGCUACAAUGCCUGUAUCUUUGCCUAUGGACAGACUGGGUCCGGAAAAUCCUACACAAUGAUGGGCACAGCUGACCAACCAGGAUUAAUCCCUCGACUUUGCAGCACCCUCUUCGAAAGAGCCCAGAAAGAGGAGAGCGAGGAGCAGAGUUUCAAAGUGGAGGUAUCCUACAUGGAGAUUUACAAUGAGAAAGUCAGAGAUCUGCUGGACCCGAAGGGGAGCCGCCAGUCCUUAAAAGUCAGAGAGCACAGUGUCUAUGGACCUUAUGUAGAUGGGCUUUCGAAAUUGGCUGUGGCCAGCUACAAGGACAUAGAGUCUUUGAUGUCUGAAGGGAAUAAGUCUCGGACAGUCGCCGCAACCAAUAUGAAUGAAGAGAGCAGUCGAUCCCAUGCGGUUUUCAAGAUCAUCCUCACGCACACCUUGUAUGAUAUCAAAUCAGGGACCUCCGGUGAGAAAGUGGGCAAGCUGAGCCUGGUGGACUUAGCCGGCAGUGAAAGAGCGACCAAGACAGGAGCGGCAGGGGACAGGCUGAAGGAGGGAAGCAACAUCAACAAGUCUCUCACAACUCUUGGGUUGGUCAUUUCUGCCCUCGCAGAUCAGGCUGCUGGCAAAAAUAAGAACAAAUUUGUUCCAUACCGUGACUCGGUGCUCACUUGGCUACUCAAAGACAGCCUUGGUGGCAACAGCAAAACUGCUAUGGUUGCUACGGUCAGUCCAGCCGCCGAUAAUUACGAUGAGACUCUAUCCACCCUGAGGUACGCCGACCGGGCCAAGAACAUCGUGAACCAUGCCGUGGUGAACGAAGACCCCAACGCCCGAAUUAUCCGAGAAUUGCGGGAGGAAGUGGAGAAACUCAGGGAGCAGCUCACCAAAGCUGAGGCAAUGAAAUCUCCAGAACUGAAAGAACGCUUGGAAGAGUCUGAAAAACUUAUCCAGGAGAUGACAGUAACGUGGGAAGAGAAACUAAGGAAGACAGAAGAGAUAGCACAGGAGAGGCAGAAGCAGCUUGAAAGUCUUGGCAUCUCUCUCCAGUCUUCCGGGAUCAAAGUGGGUGACAACAAAUGUUUUCUGGUCAAUCUGAACGCCGAUCCUGCACUCAAUGAACUCCUGGUCUAUUACUUAAAGGACCACACUUUGAUUGGGUCGGAUAACUCCCAAGACAUCCAGCUUUGUGGACUAGGAAUUCUUCCUGAACACUGUAUAAUAGAUAUUACCUCGGAUGGGCAAGUCGUAUUGACACCGCAGAAGAAUGCCAGGACGUUCGUAAAUGGUACGGCAGUUGCAGGCGCCACACAGCUCCACCACGGGGACAGAAUACUCUGGGGGAACAAUCAUUUUUUCAGAUUGAAUUUGCCAAAAAAGAAAAAGAAGGUAGAAAUGGAGGACGAAGACAAGGACAACUCCAUGAAAGGAAGCAACAGCUCCGAGCAGUUGGAUUUAGAUGGAGACAGCUCCAGCGAAGUAUCCAGCGAGAUUAACUUCAACUACGAAUAUGCUCAGAUGGAGGUGACCAUGAAAGCUCUGGGUGGCAAUGAUCCUAUGCAAUCCAUUUUGCAAAGCCUGGAGCAGCAGCACGAAGAGGAGAAGAGGUCUGCCUUGGAACGGCAGAGGCUUAUGUAUGAGCACGAGCUGGAGCAGCUCCGAAGACGCCUCUCUCCAGAGAAACAGCACUUCCGUGCCAUGGACAGGUUCUCCUUCCACUCACCCAGUGCUCAGCAGCGGCUGCGGCAGUGGGCUGAAGAGAGAGAAGAAAUGUUGAACUACAGCCUGAGGAAGCUGAGAGAGCAGAUCAUGAAGGCCAAUCGGUACACGACGGAAGCCAGCUUCAUUGCAGAAGAGAUGGACAAAAGGACGGAGUACAAAGUCACUCUGCAGAUCCCUGCCUCGAGCCUUAACGCAAACAGAAAGCGAGGAGCCGUUCUCAGUGAGCCAGCCAUUCAGGUGAGGCGGAAAGGAAAAGGCAAGCAGAUCUGGUCCCUGGAGAAACUAGAGAACCGGCUGGUAGACAUGAGGGACCUCUAUCAAGAAUGGAAGGACUGCGAAGAGGACAAUCUGGUCAUGAGGUCUUACUUCAGGCGAGCGGAUCCUUUCUAUGAUGAGCAGGAAAACCACAGCCUCAUUGGAGUGGCCAACGUCUUCCUCGAGUCCCUCUUUUACGACGUCAAGCUGCAGUACGCCGUGCCCAUCAUCAAUCAGAAAGGAGAGGUGGCAGGCCGUUUGCAUGUAGAAGUAGUGCGUGUGAGUGGAGAGAUCGGGGAGCGCAUCGCUGGUGGUGAUGACAGCAUGGAGAACUUCUCUGAGAACGACCUUCAGGAGAACAAGUUAGUCUGUAUGAUUAAAAUCCUUCAGGCGACCGGUUUGCCUCAGCAUCUCUCCAACUUUGUCUUCUGCAAGUAUUCUUUCUGGGAUCAACUGGAACCAGUGACGGUGGCCCCUGAGGUGGAUCCCUCUCUCUCACCUAUCAGCAAGGAGCCACGAUGCAUGGUUGUCUUUGAUCACUGCAAUGAAUUCUCUGUCAACAUUACUGAAGAUUUUAUGGAGUAUCUGUCUGAUGGUGCUUUGGCCAUUGAGGUGUAUGGGCAUAAGCAAUGCGAUCCUUGUAAAAACCCAGCUUUGUGGGACUUGGGAAUAAUUCAAGCCAAAACAAGAAGCCUCCGGGACAGGUGGAGUGAGGUCACCCGCAAAGUGGAAUUGUGGGUCCAGAUUCUCGAGCUAAAUGAGAACGGGGAAUACUGCCCAGUCGAGGUGAUUCCAGCCAAAGAUGUGCAUACAGGUGGCAUCUUUCAACUGAGGCAGGGACAAUCACGUCGAAUUCAAGUGGAAGUGAAAUCUGUGCAAGAGUCGGGGACAUUGCCUCUCAUGGAAGAAUCCAUUCUGUCUGUUGGGGUGGGUUGCGUUCAGAUAAGAAACAUCAAGUCACCAAAAAGCCAUGAGAAUCAUCAGGAAGAAGAUGAUGACAUGGACAGCUACCAGGACAGAGACUUGGAGAGGCUGCGUCGGAAAUGGCUCAAUGUGCUUACAAAACGUCAAGAGUAUCUGGAUCAACAGUUACAAAAACUUGUGGGAAAGCCAGACAAAACAGAAGAUGAUGCAGACCGAGAAGCUCAGCUGCUAGAGAUGAGGUUGACUCUUACAGAAGAGAGGAAUGCUGUAAUGGUGCCUUCUGCUGGCAGCGGCAUCCCUGGAGCCCCUGCUGAGUGGACACCUGUGCCUGGUAUGGAGACGCACAUCCCAGUCAUCUUCCUUGAUUUAAAUGCAGAUGACUUCAGCUCUCAGGACAACCUUGAUGAGGCAGAAGCUGGUGGCUGGGAUGCCACCCUGAUUGCUGAAGAUGAAGAUGAAUUUUUUGAACUUCAGAUUGUCAAGCACCAUGAGAGUGAGGCAAAGGCUGAAGCGUCCUGGGAUUCCACUGUUCACAACUGCUCACAGCUCAGCAAAGGAACAACAGGAGAGCAGAGAGUCUACCUUAUUGUUCGGGUGACGGUUCAACUCAGCCACCCUGCCGAAAUGCAGCUCGUGCUUCGUAAACGCAUCUGUGUCAACGUCUAUGGCAAGCAGGGCUUUGCUCAGAGUUUCCUGAGAAGGAUGUCUUACCGAAGUUCUGUCCCUGGCUGUGGGGUGACAUUUGAAGUCGUUUCGAAUAUCCCAGAGGAUGCUCAGGGGGUGGAGGAACGGGAGGCACUAGCAAGAAUGGCAGCCGAUGUGGAAAAUGCAGCUUCGGCUGAUUCUGAAGCCCAUAUAGAGAAAUACCUCAGAAGCGUUCUAGCAGUGGAGAACAUCCUCACUCUGGAUCGCCUGCGUCAGGAAGUUGCCGUAAAGGAACAGCUAACAGGCAAAAGAAAACUAUAUCGAAAGAGCCUCAGUUCUCCAAAUGUCAAUCGACUCUCUGGAAGCCGACAGGAUUUAAAUCCACCAUACAGCCUCGCUACGUACAAAUGUCCAAAGGUCCUCACAGAGAGUCGUUGGGAAAGCCAGCAGGAUGUAUCGCAAGCAUCAGCACUUUCCAACAAAUCCAGACCAAAUCUCUUGGCCUCUCCUCAGCAGAAUGGUUCUACUGAUCCAGGACUUGGUAGCCUAGCUGCUGCUUACUUGAAUCCCGUGAAGUCUUUUGUGCCUCAGAUGCCAAAGCUACUUAAAUCUCUGUUUCCUGUUAGAGAUGAGAAAAAGGGAAGGCAAACAUCUCCACUUGUACAGCAGCCUGUCCCACGGAUUAUGGUUCAGUCAGCUAGUGUGGAUGCCAGCUCUGCAAAACUGAAGCAGGCAACUCAAGGGGAAGGCAACAAAGAGACAUUUGAGGUGGCUGCACAUUCAACAGGCUUAGAGAAAAACCUGGAAAGGUCACCCAAAGUGCCUCCGCAACCGUCCACAGCGGACAUUCAAGCGCAAGACUCCCAAGAAGGGCCACCAAGUCCCUUGAGCGAAGCUUCCAGCGGCUAUUUCUCUCAUAGCGUUUCCACUGCAACUCUUUCGGAAGCGCUUGCUCCAGGGAGUGACACCUCGCUUCAAGCUGGGAGCCAGACGCCCACCACUGGUGAUAUGCCCCAACCAGUUGUAGCCAUCCAGACGACACCUGUUGUUGAGGUUCCCAUAAAAUCAUGUCCCAUUUCAGAUUCCGAGUCAAGCUCUGCUCUUGUGAGAGGUGAUCCGGUUACACAUGGCCUUAAACUUGAUCAUACAAGAACUAAGGAUUGUGACAAAGUGGACAGUGAUGGCAACUUAAGGUCAAGGUCCCUUGUCUCUUCCAUAACUCCAAGUGAGAGCCAUGGUACUGCCUGUCUGGCCACAGAGGGUACAGGCUGCUCUUCUACCUCCCCUUCAAAGAGAGAUUUGCCUGUAUCUCAGCAGUCUGAAAUGACACCAACCAGAAGUCCACCUGCUGCCCGGUGUGCAAAGCCUGCACCUGCCAGUGAAAUGGGCUCCUCCACAUCUCAGGUUCUUCCUGACCUCUCACCUCAGUCCAGCAUCACAACCUCCCCGUUCAGAAUCCAAAGAGUAAGGACGUCAGAACUUAAGUCUUUCUCCAACAUGUUGGGAGGAGAACCAGGAGGGUUCUCGAGUUUGGAAGAGGAGAAGAGCAGGCGGGAUUCUCUAGAGUCGGGCCAGGACAACGGCACCCAAGCCAGCCCUGAGGAAAAAGCAGACGUGGCAUCCGACUCGGAAGAAGGCAGUGAGGUCCCUGACUGGUUGAAGGAGGGCGAAUACGUGACUGUUGGUAUGAACAAAAGUGGGACCGUGAGAUACGUUGGUCCGACGGACUUCCAAGAGGGAACCUGGGUGGGAGUCGAAUUGGAUUUGCCAUCAGGUAAGAAUGAUGGUUCAAUUGGAGGAAAGCAAUACUUCAAGUGCAAUCCAGGCUACGGGCUCCUGGUGAAGCCAAGUCGGGUCAAAAGAGCCACGGGCCCCGUGAGGCGCAGGAGUGCUGGGACGAGGCUCCAAGGCGGAUCCACACAAGAGCACCGGCGGAGCGGCACCUUCUCUGGCUCUGCAUCCAACCUGGCUUCCCUGACCGCCUUGGCCAAAACGGAAGGGGGAUCCACCCCACGGUCUGAAAGGAACCCAAAGAAUGCAGAGAACAGGAAAUCAUGGGCGAACUGAUGGGCGACGCUGCUGGUCAGGCUCAACACUACUUAACUGAGCAGAUGAAUCUUUGGAGUGGCCUUACUUUGCACAACCGUGCCACUCUUGUCAGGGAGGAAGGUAGCCAUGGUUGCUCAUGGACUCCUGGCAGGUAGCAAGGUGUCUGAGUUUUGUGUUUCCCACUUGGGUCACUAGUUAGACUUUCUUUGUUAUGAGGGAGUUGCUUGUCAAGACUCCUGAUGCAAGUGGUGACCCUUGGCUGUGUGUUUGUGUGUGUGUUUUAUCGGACCCUUCCUCCCUGACCCAUACCGUGAGGUUAUGGGUGUGCUGUUCAAGCAAGGCCAUUCACUACACAUCCCUUUCCUACUCCUACAUGAUUUCUUUUUCAAGAAAGGAUGCCAAAACACAACUUGCCAUCAAAGUGCUGUCAUUUUACUGUUGUCAUCUCUUUGAAAUCACAGGAAAACGAAAGAAGAUCCCAUGACCUGGCAGAUCAUAGCCUUCUCCGAACAGUGCCUGGCUUGAGUGCGGUUCUCUGGUCUUUCAGCUGCUCUGGUUGAUAUCAGUGGGAAGGUAUUUAUGCCUCUCAUGGGGCUGGAAUGAAGGCUAGAGACUAGCUCCUCUGAACACCUAACAUUGCCUUCAUUUUUUAAAAAAAUAUCCUUACUGUUAUAAACAUCCUUAAUCUAAGUGGUUUAAUAUGUACUGUGUUUUUAGUUUGAAAAAGAAAAGGAAAAAAAUGAGAGCAGAAAAGGAAAGGGAAGAGUCUCCUUCUCUCCUGUUGAGAUUGAAAAGCCAGUGCUAUUUCCAUGUUGCGCUCUGGUGCUACUCAAUAUAUAAUGUUUUAUUCCAAAUGGUCGGCCUCGGUGUGGUCACAGUAGCCCCGCAGUGCCAGGGAGGGACCUCGCAGCCUAAGGGGAUCAAUGUCCUUCCUGGCAAAGUAGGUUUUAGCCCAUUUGUAAAAACAGACGUUGGUUCCUUUCCCCAGCGCUAUAGUAUUUAUUUGUUAUUUAUUGCUGUCUUUUAAAAAUGAUAAUGUUAUAAAAUCCUUUGUGACCUACAAUCAAACCAUUGCCUACUGUUGUGCAGGGGCAUGUACCCACUAGUCUGGGGCAAGCCAGCCUCUGUGCAUGCCUACUAUGCCCAUGGCCACCUACUGAUCAUCUCCCUUCCCAGUCUGCUGCCUCCAGCUGCUCCUUCAGAUGCCUUUGCUUUGAACUCAUGGCUUCCUGUGGAAGAACUGGAGGAGUGAAAAUAAAGUUACAUCUUUCAAGAUAUAGAGGUGGCAGCGCAACAUAUUUAAAAUGCUUCAGUCUGUGCUUAGACCAGAGGUGCACAACCGGCCACCUAGAGUUGCUUGUCAGCCACUUGAAAAUCCCUGCUUUUUCAAUCCCAGCAAAAAGAAAAAGACCCCACAAAAACAAAAUGGAGGUUUCUAGAGCUUCUGGUAGCUAUCUGUAAAUGGUUGGGGAGGCAUGGAAGUCUUUAUUUAUAAUUCUGUCUUCACAUGCAAGAGAAAUUUUCUUCCUGCAGGCUGAGAUUACUAGAAGUUUUGCAUUUUUUCUUUGUAUUUUGGAACUUGCAAAAAUUUUAAUAUUUUUUUUUGCACCAAAACAUGGAGGUUUUUUUGUGUGUGCGCAAAAAAGAAAACUUUCUGAAAUUUUCAUAAACUCCCAAAAUACAAUCAACCAACCUUGUAGCUGUUGAUAUUUUUAUUGCUUUGUUCCACUUCCUUGAGAAAUCCCUUCUUAAUACUUUCUAUCUCUCCUCAUGGGCUGCAUCCAACUGUGUGACUGACAAAGCUUCCCUCUGGUUUGGUUUAUUCAUUUCCCAUCAAAGAAAGCAGAUCCCUAGGAUUUCCAUGCUAAAACUUGCUUCCAAAUGAUCCUGCACUUUUCUUUUGACUGACAUACUUUUAAAGCUGAUGAGAUCCACAGUGGAUUUUGGCACAGGUGAUACCCAUUUCAUUGACAUGGAGUCUGUGAAAGCUCUUGCUGCCAACUUCUUUGAUUCAGUUAGUCUCAAAGGUGCUAGAAGAUCUCUUUACAUACUGAUUUUACAGCCUAACAGAGCUAUAUCUUUUAAUUCUACGAUAGCCUCAAUGUGUCCACUUUAUCUUCUAGAGAUAGUUCAGGCUUGAUUUGCUCUUGGACCCAUAGGCUUUCUGAAUGAUAAAAGCAACCACCUUUUGAACAUCUUGAGAUGUGUCUCCAGUUUCUUCUGCAGAUUUCAUUGGGUGCUCCCUAUUAUUUGCUGCUUUCAAUAGUAAGGAGGCCAUCUAUUCAAUAGUAAAGCACCUGCCCUUCAUGCUUAAAAUCCCAGGUAUCUAUCUCCAGGUACAGCUAGAAGAAGACCUGGAAGCCUGAAACCCUGUUGCUUCCAUUUAUGGCUAGAUGAAGCAAGGUGAUGAUGCUGUUCUUCCUAUGCUCUUAUGAAGAAGAUGCUGAUGAUGCUGAUUUAACUAAAUUUUUUGAUUAUUCUGCAAAAGGAAUAUACAUUUCUUUUUCUUUCUAAAAUAAAAACCUAGUUACUUCGAGUUUGGCAGAGCAAUCCUCUGGAAGUCACAAUGGGAGGAUAAUUCCCGACAUUUGAACUGCCAUUUCCUGAGUUUGGGCUAUCCAAGAGAAUACAUGUUGGGGCGGUGGGAUUGGUGACCCCUUUUUCUCACCACUUUUUUCUCCUUUCUCCCAGUAUUAAGCAUAUCAAAACCUUAUUGAAAUUACAGUGAGCCCUUGGUAUCCUCUGGGUUUGGUUCCAGGGACCCCCAUGGAUACCAAAAUCUGUGAAUGCUCAAGUCACAUUAUUAUACAAUGGCACAGUGAAAUGGUGUCCCUUCUAUAA